UUUCCCUUUUAAACUCCUACCAGCUCUAACCAUUUUGACACUUGAUUUUUUAUGCAUGUACUGUAAUUCUUCACAUGUGAUUUAAGGGUUUUUCUGGGAUUUGUUCGAGGAAUAUAAGGAUGGGGGAGAUUGAUACGAAACCAAUCGAAUCAGUUCAAACUGCACUCUCUUUCUUCGGACACAGAAACGACCAGCAGAAGACUAGCACUCCUACCAAAGAUGAUCAAGAAAUAGAGAAAGAAAGGGAACUGGAAAGCCUGGAGAAAGAAUUGGCGAACAUGAAACUUCAACUGGAGGCAAAGGACUCGGCAUACAAGCAAGCCCUUCUCAAGCUAGACCACCAUCAGAAAACAGCUGAUGAGCUCUCAAUCUUGCUAAGGAAGUCCGAUUCUCAAAAGGACUACUACAUCGGUGAAUCCCGAGAAGCCAAUGCACGUAUAAACGAACUCGAAUCCGCCCUUGAGCAUUUGGCCCGUCAGCUAGCGGAAUCUGAAAACGUUAAAGAGCAGCUCUCGCACGUUACGAGCGAAUUAGAAUUGACACGGGGCCAGCUGCUGAACAUGGAAAACGAGCUCGUUGUUCUGCAAGAGGCGAAAUUGGAGUUGUUAGUGCAAGCGCAGGCGACGGAGAGGACCUUGUCUGAGGAGAGACUGAAAACAGAGGAGCUUCUGAGACAGGCUUCAGAGAUGAAAGAAACUAUUGUGCAUUUGAAAGUACAGGCUGUUGAAGUAGAACGAGAAAACGCAGACGUUUUAUCAGCGAAGGACGCUGAGCUAGAGUCAUUAGCAAAAGCAGUAUCCGAAACGAAGGAGCAACUUGAGUCUGCAGUGAAGAAAGUAAUGAUCAUGCAUGAUUUGGAGAAUCAGCUCAUGGAAAAAUCGGCUUAUAUCGAUUCAUUGCAGCUGCAGCUUAAUGUAGCGAACGAGCUGCGUGCAUCGUCUGAAAAAGCUGCUUCGGAUGCUGUAUCUGAACUAAACAAGCUGAAAGAAACUAUGGACCUGCACGAGAAGAAGAACUCGGAUCAGGCAGCUUACAUUGGCUUACUGGAGAUGGAGCUGAAAAAGUUGACGGCAGAGCUUGAAAGCGCAAAAGCUGAGGCCUCCGGCCUGAAGGAGUCUGUGGAGAGCACGAAAACAGAGCUGGAGAAAGCUAUAGAAAAGGAGAAUGAUGCUCAGGUCGAGAUAGCAAUGCUGAAGUUUGAGCUGCACAAAGGGAGGUCGAAGCAGGCUGCUGCCGAGGCUGCUGAGGCAAGAGCGCAGAGCGAAAAAACAGCACUAUAUAAUGCACUCCAGCAGAUGGGAUUAGAAGCAGAGGAAACCAUGAGAGAGAACAGAGUGCUGAAGGAAUUAGCCAUGAAAUCAGGAGACGAAACAAGCACAGAAUCACACAAAGUUGAGGAGACAUCGCAUGAAAAUGGGAAAGAGAUGGAGGACAUGAAGAAAGAGCUGGAAGCCGCAAUGACAAAGAUCGGAGAGCUGAGGACGAGAGCGGAGCAAGCGAUCAGCAGGGCUGAGGCAGCUGAGAAGGCGAAAACGGCAAUGGAGGAUCAUAUCCAAAGGAGGAAGGAGCGUAAGGAGAGGAGAAAGGCAGCCAUAGCUGCUCUCCGGGAGGAAUCAUUUCCGAGAGAUUAUGAUAGUAGUGAGAGUGUUAAGGAUGAUUCUUCUUCCAAGAACUAUCAGCCUCUUGGUAAAGUACUUAACAUGAGAUUCUGAGUUUUCUGGGAUUGAGAACUUCUCUUUAGUUAUGCUGUUUUAAACAUGGAUUCAUACAUAUAAUGCAUGUAGUCGAUGUUCUAUCACAUUUUCGUGUCGACUUAUAUGUGUGUCAAGUGAUCAACUUGUGUCAAAAGUGUGGCCAAAUACAAUAAUACAUGUAUACACAUAUUGACAUCAGAAUACAACACCAACAUGUGAUGGGA